CUCUUCUUGGAGCUUUCAGAGUACACUACCACUAAAGUUAGAGCAUGCUUGAAUGGUUUAUUUCACCGAUAUUUGCUUAUGGAAAUAAAGGGGAGUGGCCGAGGGGAAAGGAGAAGAGGAAUGGAGGAGGGGUUUGAGGCUGAGGGAGGCUCUGACCAUAGCACCGAGCACCGGCAACCUUGUCUGAUGUGAUCAUUAACCUUCCUGCAAAACACAGCUGGCAGUUCUCUGAGGUUUGGCAUUAGAAUGUGAAGACAGCCACACGGAUAUUGCACAGACUACUUACAGAUCGUUCGGUUUACAUUGAGAGUCAUUGCUCCACUUCUGUGCGGUAGGAAAAUGAAAUUUCAGCAAUUCCUUUUUGCAUUUUGUAUUUUUAUUAUGAGUCUUCUCCUUAUCAGCGGACACAGACCAGUUAAUUUGACCAUGAGAAGAAAAUUGCGCAAACACAAUUGCCUUCAGAGGAGAUGUAUACCUCUCCAUUCACGAGUACCCUUCCCCUGAGAUAUAGAUCUCUCUAGCUAACUUUACUGGAUCUAUCAGAAGAAGAAGAGGAGUGAAGAAAAGACAUCCAGCCACCCAAAAGAACUUCAUGAUGCCAACAGUGUGAUUGCUUAGAAGUUCCUACACAAAAAAAGGAUCAUUUGAAAGCACCUGGGAUGGUUUAUUAGCUUCAGAGGAUUUUAUUCUUCUUGGCUUCUCUUUAGAGGGAAAGUAACAUAAAUUCAAAAGGAUUCCAAUCUGAAGCCCAAAUUGUUUGCCUACAUAACAAAAAUAUCUCAUCUUUUCCUG